AUGGCAUCUCCAAACUUCCCAACAAGAACCCAUACCACCACCCGCUCAUUUACCUACUCAUACAUUCAUAUUCAGCCCUCAUCCCCCUCAAAACCAUAUAUCCUUCUUCUCCAUGGCUUUCCCUCCUCCUCCAAUGACUGGCGCCAUCAAAUUAGCUAUUUCUCCGCGAAAGGUUAUGGAAUUAUUGCUCCUGACCUUCUUGGAUUUGGCGGCACGUCCAAGCCGCUGUCAGCCCAUUCCUACAAAUUCAAAGACAUGGCCUCGGACCUAUAUGAAAUUCUCUCUUUACACUCCAUUUCUGCAUCUCAUAAAGUAUCAGGUGUAGGACAUGAUUGGGGAAGUGCUAUGCUUUCACGCAUGGUGAACUAUUAUCCGGAAAUAUUCAAGAAAUUAGUGUUUCUAGAUGUGGGAUAUCAGGCACCUGAUGGACCGGCUUUCAAUUUCGAAAUGGUGAAAAUAAUCAAUGCUCAAGUUAAGAAGAUGGCCGGGUUUGAAAUCUUUGGAUAUUUCUUUUUGAUGGAUGAGGAGGAUAGUACAGAGUUGUUGGACAACAAUCCCGAAUCUGUUAUGUCAUUGUAUUAUAGCCUUGACAAUGAGCUAGGUAAAGAACAUAUGGGAGCCACUGGCGGUUUUCGCAAAUGGCUUGAGGGGAGUAUGUUGGCUCCAUAUCCGCAUUUUGUAAAGAGUGAGGACGUAGAAUAUUUCAAGAAUAUAUUCUCCCCGAAAAAUGGUGGCUUUGGCGCUGCAAAGAAUUGGUAUACUAUGCAACUUCAUGGAAUUAACGAAGAUGAUGACAAAGCGAUCCCCAAAGAGCGCACAAUCGUUCACCAACCCACUCUCCUCAUAACGUCUACCAAUUUCAUUAGCUCUGGAGCCGACUUUCCUUCGCAAAUGAAACCUUACAUUCCAGAUUUUAGAGUUGAAAGAUGGGAAGGUGGUCAUUGGAUUCAACUAGAGAAAAGUGAUGAGACAAAUGCAUUGUUGGGGGAGUUUUUCGAAGAGAUUUAA